ACCAACAUACCAUUCCUUCAAGAGACGUGGGCAAGGCAGCGAUCCAAUUCUCUGGAACCGUGGACACCCAGUUCAUCGAUGAGAACCCAGAACUGUUCAAUCUGAAACCAGUGCAGAACCGCGCUCAGAAACUGCUGCACUAUCUGGGUCAUGUGAUGGUCAAUGGCCCAACCACACCAAUCCCUGUCAAGGCCAAGCCCUCGUCCAUCGACCCAGUCAUUCCACUGGUGCCCAUGGGUAAGAUGUGUGUGUGUGUGUGCAUACCGCCAGGUGGGGUUCGCGGCGUGCUGCGUGAGGGGGCCCAGAGGGAGUUUGCGGCGUCGCGGUCGCGGUCCACCGGGCUGCUGCUGAUGGACACCACCUUCAGGGACGCCCACCAGUCCCUCCUGGCCACACGCGUCCGUACGCACGACCUCAAGCAGAUCGCUCCCUUCGUCUCACACAACUUCAACAACCUCUUCAGCCUGGAGAAUUGGGGUGGUGCCACAUUUGACGUGGCGAUGCGUUUCCUGUCUGAGUGUCCAUGGAAACGGCUGCAGGAGCUGCGGGCCCUCGUGCCCAAUGUGCCCUUCCAGAUGCUGCUCCGCGGCGCCAACGCUGUGGGCUACACCAACUACCCCGACAAUGCCGUCUACAAGUUCUGCUGGAGGCUGCUGAGAACGGCAUGGACAUUUUCUCGUGUUCGAAAUCCACUCAACUACUACCUCCCCAACAUGCUGCUGGGCAUGGAGGCGGCCGGCGCAGCGGGCGGUGUGGUCGAGGCGGCCAUCUCCUACACGGGCGACGUGGCCGACCCCAUGAGGCAGAAGUACACGCUGGAGUACUACCUCAAACUGGCCGACGAGCUGGCCAAGGCCGGCACGCACAUACUGUGCAUCAAGGACAUGGCAGGCCUGUUGAAGCCAGAGAGUAGCCGCGUUCUGAUUGGUGCUCUGCGCGACCGCUUCCCAGAGAUGCCGAUCCACGUGCACACCCAUGACACGGCAGGCGCUGGCGUGGCGGCCAUGUUGGCCUGUGCGGAGGCGGGAGCCGACAUCGUGGACGUCGCAGUGGACUCCAUGUCCGGCAUGACAUCACAGCCCAGCAUGGGCGCCAUGGUUGCCUGCACCAAUGGCACCAAACUCAACACCGGCAUCUCGCUGGAUAAGGUGUUUGACUACAGCGAGUACUGGGAGGUGGCGCGUGGCCUGUACGCCUGCUUCGACUGCACGGCCACCAUGAAGUCCGGCAACGCGGACGUGUACGAAAACGAGAUCCCGGGUGGCCAGUACACCAACCUGCACUUCCAGGCCCACAGCAUGGGGCUGGGCCACAAGUUCAAGGAGGUCAAGAAGGCCUACGCCGAGGCCAACAAGCUGCUGGGGGACCUCAUCAAGGUGAGCGCCA